GUGCACCGUUCAGGAAAAUCCGCGGAUCGGAUUACGGCCUACGGUUGGUUUCAAAAGCCGAGCGUGUUUUAAUCCAUUUUAAAGGAGGAGAAAUCACCUAAUUCGAAUGCCGACCCGUGUGAGGAGGAACAACAAGGAGUGAAAAAAUUGGAAGGAAUCCAGAACUGGUGCGCCUCCGUCUUUACAUCGUCUGUACUCUUUUUUUCCUGUUUGGAGGAUGCCCCCACACGCAGUGUUCUGAGCACUUUUCGGAGCCAGCGAACACUCCUGGAGGAUUGAGGUGCAAUAUAUUUCCCAUUUCUCACCCGUGCUGGUCCAACUAAACCGUCAAAAUAAGUUCCUCGUUGCCCCCCCACUUGUCGCAUCGCGGCCAGUCCAGCAACCCCUUCCCCCUGGAUUCCCACGCCAAGCGGUCACACUACGGCACCAAGCUGAAUCCAUACACACGGGCGCGGAUGACUGAGGCGUGGCAGCAGCAUGCCGUUGCACCGCCUCCCGUCGUCCACACUAUCCCGCCGGGGGCGGAGAACGCGCUUGGAUGCGCCGUGUACGGCAUCGUGCUGCAGCCGGACGCUUUGCAGACACAACAGCAGCAACAGCAGCAGCAACAUCACAGCCAGCAGCACAGUCAGCAGCAGCAGCACCCUGCUCAGGCGCAGCAGCCUUCACUACAGGUGGGGAGCGAAGGAGGCCACAAAUGCGGCGCUUGCGGCCACGACAUCUCGCAUCUUGCCAAUCCACACGAGCACCAGUGCAUGGUGAGCCAGGACCGCUCGUUUCAGUGCACGCAGUGCUUGAAGAUCUUUCACCAAGCCACAGACCUCUUGGAGCACCAGUGUGUGCAGGUCGAGCAGAAGCCGUUUGUGUGUGGCGUGUGCAAAAUGGGCUUCUCGCUGCUCACGUCACUGGCACAGCACCACAACGCGCACAACAGCGGAAACCCAAUGAAAUGCUCCAUCUGCGAGAAAACCUACCGGCCCGGAUCUUCUGGAAAUGCCACACCAACGUCGUCAGGCAGCAACAAUCCAGCGCAACCUUCCAGCGAUGGCGCGUCGGCGAGCAGCAGCGCGGCGGUCGGCGCGUCUGGGCAGCCCCUUUUCGAGUCAUCAGCUCCUUACAGGCCCUACAAGUGUUCGGUGUGCUCAAAGGGUUUCCGGCACCUGUCGGAACUGACGCGGCACGAGCGCGUGCACACGGGCGAGAAGCCUUUCAAGUGCGAGACAUGCGACAAGAGCUUCAGCCAGCAGUCCCACCUGCAGCACCACCAACGCACCCACAGUUCGGAGCGACCGUUCAAGUGCGCAGUGUGCGAAAAGAGCUUCAAGCAUCGCUCGCACCUGGUGCGGCACAUGUACGCGCACUCGGGGGAGCACCUGUUCAAGUGUAAUGUGUGCGAGCUUCACUUCAAGGAAUCGUCUGAGCUGCUGCACCACCAGUGCCAGCCACAGGGCGCCCGGCCGUUCCGCUGUGCCACGUGCGGCAAGGGCUUCAAGCGUCCAUCGGACCUGCGGCAGCACGAGCGCACGCACUCCGAGGAACGGCCGUAUCACUGCGACGAUUGUCAGAUGAGCUUCAAGCAGCAGUACGCACUUGUGCGCCACCGCCGCACGCACACGGCCUCCGGAGACCGGCCGUUCAAAUGCAACCUGUGUGACAAGGGCUUCCUGCAGCCGUCACACCUGCUUUACCACCAGCACGUGCACGGCAUGGACAACCUGUUCAAAUGCGCCUCGUGCGGCAAGGGCUUCAGCCAGUCGGGCGAGCUGCUGCGGCACAAGUGCGGCGAGAGCUCGAACACGCCCACCAACCCAGACAAACCGUAUAAGUGCGACGUCUGCGGCAAGGCCUACAAGAAAGCGGCGACGCUGCAGCGCCACCAAACUACCCAUUGCAACGAGAAGCCCCUGAAGUGCUCGCUGUGCGAUCGCCGCUUCCUCUCAUCGUCCGAGUUCGUGCAGCACCGCUGUGACCCCUCGCGAGAGAAGCCUCUCAAGUGCCCAGACUGCGAAAAACGCUUCAAGUACUCCUCGGAAAUGAACCGCCACCGGCGCGUCCACACCGGCGAAAAGCCGUACAAAUGCGCCAGCUGCGACAAGGGCUUCAAGCAGCGCGAGCACCUCGCCAAGCACCAAAGCGUACACUCCAGGGAUGCGCAGUUCAAGUGCGUGUGGUGCGGAGAACGCUUCGCCGAUCUCAGCUUGCUCCAGGAGCACACGGUCCAACACACCGCCGAAGGAGGCGGAUACCCAGUUUCUUCUCUUAUUCAGUAACCCUCGUGUGUUUUUUGCUUUUUUUUUUUUUUUCCCCUGUUGUUUUUAGAUCGCUUCAAAUACUAAGCAAGUGGAAUAAUCACUCCGUUACUUGCAUAUACAUACAGUGGAUGACUUCAUUAUUCUGUUGUGUACCAUUUUAUCUUGGACAAAGCAAUAGGUGCUGAGAAAUUAGAAGCAUUGUUUCCUUCCUUC